CCCAGCAGCCCAUUGUAUACAGCGAAGGAAACCCUGUGCCGUGAGCAGCCAUCUUGGAUAGACAGAUCAUCAUACUUGAGCCAGGAUAACCUGCAUUCCUCUUCUGAACAGCUCAAGAACACAACGCUCUAAAGACUUAAUAUCUGAGCCACAAUGGCCACCGCACCGUACAACUACUCCUACAUUUUCAAAUACAUCAUUAUCGGGGACAUGGGGGUAGGGAAGUCAUGUUUGCUUCACCAGUUCACAGAAAAGAAAUUCAUGGCAGAUUGCCCCCAUACGAUCGGCGUGGAGUUCGGCACGAGGAUAAUCGAGGUGAGCGGGCAGAAGAUCAAGCUGCAGAUCUGGGACACGGCGGGGCAGGAACGCUUCAGGGCGGUCACACGCUCCUACUACCGCGGGGCCGCAGGGGCGCUCAUGGUCUACGACAUCACCAGGAGAAGCACGUACAACCACCUCAGCAGCUGGCUGACUGACGCCAGAAAUCUCACCAACCCUAAUACUGUGAUCAUUCUCAUAGGAAACAAAGCGGACCUGGAGGCCCAGCGGGACGUCACGUACGAGGAGGCCAAGCAGUUCGCCGAGGAGAACGGUCUGUUGUUUCUGGAAGCCAGUGCAAAAACAGGUGAAAACGUUGAGGACGCCUUCCUGGAAGCCGCCAAGAAGAUCUACCAGAACAUCCAAGAUGGCAGCCUGGACCUGAACGCCGCCGAGUCGGGGGUCCAGCACAAGCCGUCGGCUCCCCAGGGCGGCCGGCUAACCAGCGAACCACAGCCCCAGAGGGAAGGGUGCGGGUGCUAAUGACCAAGCAAACCCUCGUCAUCCUCCCUUGCUCCCUCCUUCUCUCUCAGUCUGUCCCUCAACCACCCCCUCUCCAUCCAUUCCUUCACCUCCGUACGUCCAUCCCCCCUCCUCCCUCACUGCACCAGGAGCAUGAGAGCAGGGCGAAGGACCCGAGGGAUAGAUAUCAACUAGGGCCAGACUGAGCUGGCCUGGGCGGACUACAUCUCUCCCCCCCCUCUCUUCCUUCUCUCUCCCCCCUCUCUUCCUUUCUCUCUCCCCCCUCAUCCUUUCUCCCUCCCCUCAUCCUUUCUUCCUCCCCUCAUCCUUUCUCCCUCCCCUCCUCUCUCUAAAAUAUGUCUGUGUUGUCGUCCCAUAACUCCUCUUUUACUCCCCUCCGCUCCUCUCGCACCAUUCAGUGUAGUCCCCCCCCCCCCCCCCCCCCCCCCCAGGUCACAGUAUGGUAGACGCCACCACACGGGUUACCGACACUUUAGAUAGACGUAACGUUCACACGAUAAACCGAGACUGUUUUUUACGUUUGGUUUUAUAGCUGUAUAUGACAUGUAAACACUGCAUUAAGUUUCAUCCACCGCGAAUCAGUUCUGAAUGAAUCGGAUCUUACAUGUAGUCUCCUAACAUCCUGCAUGGUUUACCACUCGAGCAUUUGACAGAGACAUGCGGGCGCGAUAUCUCACUCCCUCACGUUUGUGGGAUCAGACAGGGAAGGAGAUGCAGUCACACAGGCAGAGGGUCUCGAGUGUGUUUCAAAGCCGAGAGCGUUUUCAGAAGGAUUAAAACCGGCUUGUGGUUUUUAAUUCUGUUUCUGCUGCUCGGCACCAAGAGCGUUCCUUCGCCAGAUGUGGCCACACUGAUGUUCUCUGGAGAGAGAGAGAGAGGAGGAAUACUUUACAAAACCAGGAAUUGCCCACAAAUUCCUUUGGAAGUUAUUCCUCAGUCUCUCCUCUGAGAAAUCACAGGGAGAAAUAUUUUCUCGUCUGUUUAGUGAGUCUGUUGAGAAGUUGGGUGGGGGACUAUAAAAAAAAAAAAACAUGGCUUUUCUGUUUGAUAGAUUCACUCACAUCGGUUUCUCUAAACCAGCUCUCCUCGCCCGUCCGACCCCCCCGACCCCCAAAAGCUCUCCCCAACAGAUUCUGUCUUUACCAGCAUUUUCUUUGUCAUUGUUUGUUGCCUUACUAUAUAAUUAAUGUUACUACUCUUUCUUCUUUAUCAUUGUAUCGCUGCACUUGCUCUUCACACUGCUGUUGGACUCACCCAGAGUCAAUGAAAUCAACUCUUUUUAGACAAAGCAUUUUACCGGAGAAUAAAAAUGCAAAGUGUUGGUUCACAUUGUAUAAAAAAAUAUCAGCAGCAUGGUCAGAAAGUGUCAACACUCCUUUGUCUCUGGCGCUGCACUGAAGAGCUGAUCUGUUCCUCUGCCUUGUAUAGUACGACACCGAGCGGCAUGCACCCCCCAAACACCCUGAAAUGAUCACAAAUCCAAUUGUUUAUUUUUCAAGUAAAAAAAAAAAACGUUCUGUACCAUAGUGAUCCCCGAUUGGACAGCUGUAUAUAUCGCUUCUUAAUUAUCGGUGAUGACCUCGCUACUUGGAAAUUUAGACAUUUUAUUUGCUGGCGCUGCCAAGAUCUGUACAGUUGAUGUGCUUAGUGGGUUGCCUGUAAGUCAUGCUUGGGAAAUUCUGUAACAUAGUUUCUAUUAAUAAAUGUACGUAAAGGACAGACACCUAAACACCCCGUCCCGUCAGCACACUACUGAACCUGUCGAUUGGUUGAGGGGAGAGGAUUGAUAUGUGAAAACUAGUUUUUAUGUCUGCAAACUCUAAUUCCCUCAUUUCUUUAUGGAGUGGAGAAUGGGGCACUUUAAUGUUUAUAUUCUCUUUUCCACCCCCAUCAUCCCUCCUCCACAUGGGAGGGGCCUGCAUUGCUGUCUUAACUUUUGGGGAGUGGGGAUUGGUUUGUUAUUGUGGGAAGUUGGUGGGCUGGGUCUUCCUUUUUCCUGUGUCCACCUCUUUGCAGUCCGAGUGACCACUUCCUGCUUUGUCUGUCCACAAGUACAAAAAAAGUACAUAUGUAUAAAUUUGUAACGAGCUGUGCUAACAUUUAAAUGUGUUGAGUGUAUAUGAUUUUAAAAUGUUGACAUUUUGAUUUUAAUGACAAAAUACUCUAGACAGAAAAAAUAAAUUAUACAUAACCUGUU